AUGCGCAUGUUGGUGCCCUGGGGUGAUGGACCAGGCUCCCAGGACGUACAGCCCAGGGCUCCACCCCGGUCAGUUCAAAACCUACAUCGGAGCUGCGGGGUGGAGGCGGCGGAGAGGCCUGCGGCGGCAGGGAGCGGGCGGCGGAGCCUAGCCGGCCGGAGCGGACUUUGCAGGCCAGCGCGGCGAGCAGCAAACACGUCGGUGUUUGGGAAGCUCUUUGGGGCGGGGGGUAAGGCGGGCAAGGGCGGCCCGACCCCCCAAGAGGCCAUCCAGCGGCUGCGGGACACGGAGGAGAUGCUAAGUAAGAAGCAGGAAUUCCUCGAGAAGAAAAUCGAGCAGGAGCUGACGGCCGCCGCCAAGAAGCACAGCACCAAAAACAAGCGCGCUGCCCUCCAGGCACCGAAGCGCAAGAAGAGGUACGAAAAGCAGCUGGCACAGAUCGAUGGUACACUCUCAACAAUUGAGUUCCAGCGAGAGGCCCUAGAGAACGCUAAUACCAACACUGAGGUGCUCAAGAACAUGGGCUAUGCCGCCAAAGCCAUGAAGGCUGCCCACGACAACAUGGACAUCGAUAAAGUUGAUGAGUUAAUGCAGGAUAUUGCUGACCAGCAAGAACUGGCAGAAGAGAUUUCAACAGCUAUUUCAAAGCCUGUUGGGUUUGGAGAAGAGUUUGAUGAGGAUGAGCUCAUGGCAGAAUUAGAAGAACUAGAACAGGAGGAACUAGACAAGAAUUUGUUGGAAAUCAGUGGACCCGAAACAGUCCCUCUACCAAAUGUUCCUUCUAUAACCCUUCCAUCAAAACCCACCAAGAAGAAGGAAGAGGAAGAUGAUGACAUGAAGGAAUUGGAGACCUGGGCUGGGUCCAUGUAACUGGCCCAGUGCAGGCUGGGCCAGACAGACUCUGGUGGCCUGCGCAGCAGGCGUGCGUGUGCGUGUGCAGGGCAGGCAGGACGUGGUGCAGGCAGGUUCCAUCGCUCUUGAAUCUCCCUCCAAAGCAGUACGGCCACAUCGCUGCUCACUCUCUGCAUAGCAUGGUCUGCACCU